GAUGAGAGCCUCAUGAGCACCCCGCUGUCUCAGUAUCACUCCCCGAUGCCCCUCGACGAUGAUCCAGACGACGACGACCUCAGGAACGUGUCCUUUCCCAGCUCUGCCUCAUCGUCCCGCUCAUCACUCGCCGCCGCUGAUGAAGGGGAUGCCACUAUCGUUCCACGUCCGUCGCCCGCCCAGAAUGGCAAGCGGGAUAGCAUAGUGCCCAGCACCAGCGGCGGCACCAACGACGACAUCCAGAUCCUCGCCCUCUCCACCCGCCUCACAGAGAUCUCAUGCAGCAUAGACGAGAUUGGCGGCAACAUCUACGAGAUCCAGGAACUCCGACAUCGUGUCGCGGCAGGCGGAGACGCCCAGACCGGCGUGAUCGACCAGGCGCUCUCGCGCCUCGACGAGAAGCUCGAGUCGAUCAGCCAGGGCAUAGCCACCGUCAACGACGCCGUCGCCCCGCUGUCUGCGCCCGAUGCUGCCGCGACGGCGGACGAGGCGCGCGCACAGGAGGUUGCGGAGCUGCUUCGCAAGCACGGGGCGCUCGUGCACCAGUGGGAGGCGGCUCAGGACGAGACGGAUGUGCUCAGGGAGGAGCUCAAGGAGGACAAGUGGCUCGUUGUGUUUCGUACGGUGCUUGAGCAGGCGGAUGGGAUGAUGACCAGUCUUGAGAAGGCGGUGACGCGCUGCCAGGAUUUCAUUUGGCAGGUGCAUAAGCUGCAGAAAGAGGAGACACGGUCAAUAUCCACACACACAUCCAUCUCGGAGUAUUCCAAGGUCAACCUUGAGCAAUGCAACUCGCUUAUAUCGUCGUUUGAAGCCAAGAAGAGGCACUAUGUUCCCGCUACCUCAAAGGUGCUCCAGAUCAUGGAGAACGGUGUACAGAACCGCGUUACCAAGAACGGCGAGACGCUUCGGAAGCACAGCGAAUGCAUGUCGCGGUGGAAUGCCCUCAAGGACAAGCUCACCCGCGUCGACCAGAAGAUGGAGUCUGUUCGCCGUUAUCUUGCCCAUGAAGACGACCCGAGCGAAAACUCGAGCGGCACUGCGUCCCAUGGGAAUGGCCGCCACCUCGCCACGCCUGCGAGCGUCCCGGGCAAGAUGAGUCGUGCCUCGAGCCGUGCGAGCACGCUCUCCCGCUCCAUGUCCCCGCUCCGCAAGUUUGCGAAGCGCUUUACGGGCGGCAAGAGUGGUACGCCCUCCACGCCUGCUAGCUCUGCGUCGAUGUCCCGCGAGUCGUCCAUGGACCCGUCACCACCUGAGGGCUCGAGGAUGCUACGGCGCCAGAAGACGUCUCUUUUCUCGAGGAGCCCAGCAAACGGUGGUGGAGGGUUGGCGCCAACUACGCCUGAGAAGGGUCACAAGUCCUCGCACAGUCUCACACCAGAGACAUCGCCUAACGGUCGACGAACGUCGGAUAGAGGGAUUGAGAUGAACAGUACUGUCAAGCAGAGAACCCUCAAGCAGCCGUGGAACAGCUCGACGAAGGUCGAGCACCCGGAUAUCGAGCGUGAGCGCAUCGCGACGAUCCGGGCGACGCCAUCUAAACGACCGUCAGCUCGUUCGGUUCUUACACCAGAGAACGUUGCACUUGUGCCUAGCACACCGUCGCGCAUGGGCCAUCGUAGCGUGUCUCGCUGUUCGAACGCGUCGUCAAGACCGUGGUCACCUAUCACCUCGACCUCGACCUCAUCACACCCAUCCGUCCCCCCUCCCCCGUCCCUAUCUUCCCUAUCUUCCCUUUAUACCCGUCCCCCCUCCUCCCGGUCCCAGACGCCAUACGGCCAGGCCUCCUCCAACGCCGCCCCUCGGCCACGGCCAAACGCACCCUCGCACAUCCCCGCUCCCUCAUCACACGGGCGCGCCGUGUCAUCCACGCAUCCCAGAUCCCCAACAGGCACCGACGCGUUUGACGACCUUGAGUCGCGCGCGUUCUCGCCUACGGGCUCGGUGUACGGUGGUGGCGGCAGCGGCAUUCCGCGGCGCUCGCACACGCCCAGCGGCACACGCGUGCCCCCGCCGCGCCCGCCGAGCCGGUCGAUGAUCCCGCUCCCGAGCGUGCAGGUCUCGGCCGCGAGCCGUCCUGGGUCCGCCAUGUCGCAGUACCAGGGCCAGGGCCAUUCGCCGUACCAGAGCCAGUAUCAGUAUAGGCCCGAGACGCCGUCGGCCGUGCGCGGGCUCGCGGGUCUGAGGUCGGGCGCGCAGACGCCCGAGACGACGUUGCGUGCGCGGGCGGAGCGCGCGUCGAUGUUUGGUGCUGUGAGUCCGAGCCCGAGCCCGCGCCCGAGCCCGCGCCCGAGUCUCGCUGCGGGGCCACCGAGCUCGUUCCGCUCCGCAUCCAACUCCACGUCCACGUCCGCAUCGGGCUCGCGCCCGCCGUCGCGCUCCGGCGCGCUCACACCGUCCUCGUUUGGCCAGCAGCUGCCGCCCGGAAGCGGGGGCGAGCCGCUGCACGUGUAUGUGCCCGGGAACGCGCGGGACCCGCUCGAUGCGGAGGUUGCGGCUGUCGUGAACGGGAUCGGGCACGGGCUGCUCGUGGAGCGCGUGAGCGAGCCGAUGGACGCGCGGACUGCUGCUGCGCUCGCCCGUGCUGGUUCCUCUGGCGCUGGGGUAGGAUCGGGGGCGGGCGAGGAGAUUAGGGCGCAGUACGCGUUCUCGAAUGCGCUCGCGCGCAAGGUCGUGACGUGUAGGCUGACGACGAUGGUGCGUGCGGGGCGGGAGCCGAGUCGCCGCGUGAUGGUGCGUGUGGGUGGGGGGUGGCAGGAUUUGGGGGUGUAUGUGGUUAGUCGGCAGGCGGGGGUGUGAGGAUGCGUUUCUUUUUCGCUGGUGUGGGGUUUCAAAUUUCAGUUGUGGACGGCCGAGGAGGCUUUAUACCAGGGCGCCGAGCGAGCGUAGUUGCAGAGAGGCGUCGUGGUGGCUCGUUCGAGGAUGGACUAGUAGGCAGUUUUGGUUGGGUUAUUCAGAUAUCCGGAGAGGUCAUGCAACGGAAGGAGGUUAUAAUCAUCAUUAGCCUAAUUCAUCCUUCCAUUAUUUUCCUUUCUUUCUCCCUUUUACCCCAUCGUGUGUUGAUUGUUUUCGAUCGAUUCUGCCAUUCGGCUUUUAUUUGGUUAUGCAUGUUACCCCGCGCUUUCUGCAGUUAGUACUCGACCAUCCACCAUCCACAAUCCAACGUACAUACAUACACUUAGUUAGCAUUUCUCGUUCUAAGCAUCCUGGUUACAUUAUGCCUUACAUCCAUUCAUCCCAUACAGCUAGAUUACCGAGCGCUCCGCUUUCAACUGGUCCCAUUCUGGCUACAAUUGUCUUCGCCACUAUUAUUACUGGUUUGAUGCAGGAGAGUAUUGCGUACUAUGGGAAUCAUUGUUUUAGCCAUUGUUAAUACCAGCCGAUAUCCUUAGCAUUAUUUUGCCACUGUACAACACGCAUUGGGAUGGAAGGAAGUUUUAACGGGUCGACAGUUAUUGGUGGAAACAACCGACGAUCACUUCAUGUUUUCAUCCCGCAACGUCAAGAGGAGGAAAUAAUAUUGUUUUUGCCGUAUGUAGCUUGUAUUUAGGGCUCUGCCCCAGUAUAACUAAGCGCUGCUGAAUACAAUAUCAAACCAAAACUGUAGCGAGGACGUCAAAGGUUUCUAUCAUCGUGUGGCUAGAACAGCGACUCGAAAUCGUGCUCGUGCUGACGGUUGAAUAUUUGAGCAGACUGGCGCGCCUGUCGCACGCGUUCCUCGGGUGUCCCGAUAGCGGCCAUGCUCUGCGUGAAGGCGUGGACGUCGGCGGAGAGGAACUGCGAUAGAAAGGAUGCCUCGUCGAGACACGCGUCCGUGGGCGUGGUGCCAGAGGUAGGGGAGUAGCGACCUGUCGCUGUGGCUGGUUUGGGGCCGGCGGACUGACGGGCCUUUCGAAGGCGUUCGGCAGGGGUACCGACGGUGUUCAUGUUUUGCACGAAGGCUUGGACGUCGGCGGAGAGGAGCUGAUGCU